AUGCAGGAGGAAAGGAUUUCAUGCUUGGCUUGCGGAUCGUUGGACAGUUUAAAUAUCUGUCCAAGAUGUGGCCUUGCAUAUUGCUGUGUGAAAUGCUAUCGAAGUGAACAACAUCGAGAAUGCUCAGAAUCUUUUUAUCGUGAAUGUAUUGAGCAAGAAUUGCGUCUCAGGGGUGACGCACAAAAGUCUCCGAAAACUUUUGAAGAAUUUAUGAAUGAACAGGUUGUAAAAGAUCUCCCAAUAGAUACAGAAAUCCCAGGUAGUUCUGACCAUAUGAUGGAUUCAGAUGAUGAUGAUGAUAAUGAUGACAAUGUUGACAGUUACUUGGAGAAAAUAAAAAACAUAUGCGCUUCGGAAUACCAAUCAUCUGAGGAACGUGAGCUGGACAGACAGCUAACAUUACUUGGUGUUGGUACAGACAAUGACAGUCUUCUGUCAUCGCUUACCGAUAUUGAGAAGAAAUCAUUUACCUUGUUUUACAAUAAAUUAUUAGAACAAGAAGCUAAUCUUGGUCGAUCAGUUUUUACGAAGAAACAGGAACCUAAAUAG